UCUAGGUGUAUAGAAGCACACACAGUACAUAUUAUAUGUAUACGUGCACGCGUGGGCGUUGCGUUGUUUGCCGUGUACGUUUUGGCUGCUCCGCGUAUAGGUAUAUAUACCUCUUACGAUCGGUAAUGGCAUGCACUAAUGCGCCAGCAAGCGGCAGCUCAGUGUGUUGUAGUAGCGCACGACGAGUAUCGUAGCGACGCAGCAAAGACCGAAUAAGAGAGCCACACACAAGGGAGGGGCGAGGGGAGCACCAGCGGAGAUGAGAAAUGGCAUAGUGGCAACAGCGGCAAAGCUCACCACUACACGGAGAACGACAAAGACGACAGGGCGAUAUUACCCGGUGGCGAGCUCUCAUGAGUAGCGGUUCAGACCAACGUAAACGAUCUUACCGAGAGGAUGUGAGGAAUGAUCACGUGGCUGAUGGUCGGACUGCUUUUGUUUACGGAGUCUGCGUGCGAUCGCGGCAAAAGCAAUGCCGUGUCCGCGAAAACCGGGAAAAACGGAUCGGCGUCCGCGGCAUCACCGGGAAACGGGAACGCCACGGCGAUAGUCGGGCCCUCGGCGGCCGCCGUUUCGGGUGGUGCCGGCGAUAAAGCCGCGACCAACUCGGCAGCCGCCGCCAAAGCCACCACCACCACCACCACCACCGACGAGGAGGAUGUCUACCGUCUGACUUGCUACACUUGCGUCAACGUUAGCGACAACAAGAUGUGCAACGAAUGGGCCAUAGACACCCCCUGUCCCGCCGGUGGCUGGGAUUUCUGUCGAUCCCUGCACAUUUUGGAUAGUCGCGGGCAAAGUGUCUUGGUGAGCAAGAGCUGCGCCAGUAAAAACGAGUGCAGUCCGGCCUCGGUCGGCUGUGUGCCCGUCGACACGCAAAAGAUCUGCAUAAGUUGCUGCGACACGAGCUACUGCAACGUGGAGUCGCCGACCAACUCGACAAACGCCACGUACUCGCGCAAACGGCCCGAUCACCUGGGGAAGAAGAAAAAAAAGAAGAAGAAGAAUAAGCACGGGGACGACGCCACGGACGAUCUGGCCAACGACAUCGACGACGACGACGACGACGAGUCGAGCCACAGCGGGGCCAGCUCGCACCAACGGCAGAGGCUCUUACGCUGCCUCGUGCUCGGCUUCUCUGCUAUUAACGUCUUUCUCAAUCGAGCAUAUCACUAGGUAAUAAGGGGGCGGAGCGACAGACAAAUUACUAUAUAUUGCUAUCAUGAUUAUCAUUACCGUUGACCACACAAAGUUCCCUUUCGAUGAUAUAUAUUUGUACAUACCUAUGUUACGUGACGUAGAGGCAAACGUGUCACUACAUACCAUUAUCAAUAUGCAUUGGAGUCGAAAAAACACAGAGAGAGAGAGAGGGUGUGGGGGUGUACAAAGUCAGGCCUAUAUUAUACGCACACGUUUCAAAGUACAUGAGGUGUAACCGACGCACAGGUACGCCGUGCAUCUUAGGUAUACUUAAUUAAUGUAUGGAUACGGUGAUGCGAAUAGAAUGCGCGAACGAGGAGAUAUAUUAUAUAUAAAGUACGGUGGGUGUAAACACACACGGCUGUAAUAUAACGUAUACGCUCUCUAGAGCUUCGCGAGUGCGUUCGAUCGUAGGUUUAAGUAGACUUUAUGGGUUUUCACUUCUGGGAAAGGUCUGGGAAUUAUUAUUUUCUCCCUUACCACCCACACACACUCUCUCUCUCUCUCUCUCUCUCUUUUUCUUGGUUCAAUUAAUGUUUACCUGCGGAGCAGGAGGGACGAAGCAAAAUGAGAGUCAAUUCCGAAAGUGUAGCAGAUGUGUUAUGGUGGGGAAGAGGG